AUGGCUUCGUGGCUGCGCAGUAAAGCACAAAGGUUUGAGGGCUUCCUAGACGCUCGCACAAAACGUAAGUCCNCACGAUCUUUUGAGGCAACUUUUUUGUGGUCGAAAAAGUUGACCCAUGACGUAGCGUCAAACACUGCAACGGCACCAGCUGUCAAAGGGACAGCCGAGACAGGAAUACCCACACCGCAGAACCCAACACUUCUACAGGCAUUCGAAUGGCACACACCUGGUGGACACUGGACCCGCCUCGUACAAACAGUCCCCGGCUUGUCUGACAUCGGCAUCACUUCACUCUGGCUUCCUCCCGGCUGCAAAGCCAAUGAACCACAUGGCAACGGCUACGACUGCUACGACCUCUGGGAUCUCGGCGAGUUUGAUCAGAAAUGGACACGUGCAACCAAAUGGGGAUCUAGGGAAGAGCUUGACGAGUUGAUCGCAAAGGCCAAAAGCUUGGGGGUCCUGAUUAUCUGGGAUACUGUUCUGAAUCACAAGACAGCUGGAGACGCCAAAGAGGAGUGUUGGGCCGUCGAGGUUGACANNGAGCAGGCACGCACACCCAUUCUUUUCUCAUGCAAGAGUCAGGCUGACCGAGACUUUCCAGACCGUACAAUCGAAACAACGACACCAAAGAAGAUCGAGCCCUGGAUUCACUUCUACUUUCCCGGCCGCGGAGACCGCUACAGCGGUCUGAAAUGGCACUGGCAACACUUUAGUGGUACCGACUGGGAUCAGCGUACCCAGAAGAAUGCUAUCUACAAGAUCGUUGAUCCCNCGGAGACACUCNCCCGUCGUGGAGCCGUCGUGGACCCCACCUGGCGCAAGAAAGACUGGGCCACCGAUGUCGACAACUGCAUGGGCAACGGAGACUAUCUCAUGUUCUCCAAUAUCGACUACUCAAACGCUGAAGUCAGAGAAGACGUCCAGAGAUGGGGCGAGUGGAUGGUAAUCGAAGUCGGUGCGGAUGGCUUCAGACUGGAUGCUGUGCCUCAUAUCAGCUGGAUGUUCAUCCGAGAAUGGAUUCGCAUCGCAAAGGAAGCCGCCAAGCGCCAGGACCGUGACCUCUUCAUCAUGGGCGAGUUCUACAACGGCAACGUGAACAAAAUUCUGCAGUGGAUGGACAGAAUGAAUAACGGAGUAUACGCUUACGACAUCCCGCUUCUGGGCAACUUUGCCAAAAUUUCCAUGGCAAAGAGCAAGCUCGACGUCGACUUGAGAAAGGUUUUUAAGAACACCUUGAUCCAACACCGACCCGGCAAUGCUGUCGUAAGUCUUCCGUUUUCUGCCAAAGCACAACCACUAACAAGCACACCCAGANCCCUUGUAACCAGCCACGAUACUCAGCCAGGUCAAACAGUCGAAACCCCGGUUGCACCUUACUUCAAGCCUCUAGCUUACGCGAUCAUGCUCUUACGCCGCGAAGGUCUGCCUUGUGUUUUCUGGGGCGAUGUUUACGGCAUAAAGGGCCCCCAUACAUCGCCGGCAGCCUGUGAAGGCAAACUGCCUACACUCAUCCUCAGUCGCAAACUCUUUGCUUACGGUGAGCAAACUGACUAUCUCGAGAGUAGAACUUCGAUUGGUUGGGUUCGCCAUGGUACCUGGGACAGAGUCGACGGCUGCGUGGCCAUCAUGAGCAUCGGAGGUGCUGCUAAGAACAGCAUGUUCGUUGGUCCUACCAAAGCUGGUCAGGUCUGGACCGACGUGCUGAGCAACUCUAACCACACAGUUACCAUUGAUGACAGAGGCUACGGCGAAUUCAGGUGCACCGGAAAGAGCGUCAGUGUUUACGUGCGCAAGGAUGCACCUGGCAGAGCAGAGUUUGGAGCUUGCCACCCUACAAACUUCACUAUGCCAUGA